CUCACCAACGCUAACUAAACCACUCCGAUCGUGUCUUCUUCUUCCUGCCGCCACCUUCUCCAUCAAUCAACUCUGAACCACUCCACCUAUAAAUCAAUCACGGAUCGAUCACAAGAACAACAGGCACAAACCAAGGCAACCACCACCUACAGAGAGCAGCUAUCAUCCUCUUCAAGGAAGAAAGAGGAGCAAGAAAUGGCGGCGAGGGCGGUGACGAUGCUGGCCGCGGCGGCGCUCGUCGUCGUGGCGGCGGUCCUGGCCGACGGCGCGUCGGCGCAGUCGACGAGCGGGUGCACGCAGACUCUCAUCGGCAUGUCGCCCUGCCUCAACUACAUCACGGGGAACGAGACGGCGCCAUCCAAGUCGUGCUGCUCGCAGCUCGCCACCGUGGUGAGCUCCAAGCCGGAGUGCCUCUGCGUGGCGCUCAACGCCGACCCCGCCGCGCUCGGGCUCGGCACCGUCAACAAGACCCGCGCCCUCGGCCUCCCCGACCAGUGCGGCGUCAAGACUCCGCCGCUCAGCAACUGCGCCUCCGCCCCCACCACGUCGCCGUCCUCCGGCGCGCCGGCGGGACAGACGCCAACAUCCUCCGGAGCAGGGUCCAAGUCGACGCCGACGGCCGAUGUGGGGAGCGGCGGCGCGUCGCUCCAGAGCUCGGCCGGCAUCAUCGCCGGCUUCAUCGUGGCCGCGGUCUACGCCGUGUCCGCCAUGUGAUCUGAUCUGAUUGGCGGAUCGACGCGGCCUCUUCUUCUUGUCAGUCAGACAGUAGUGAUUCCGUUUGAGAUUAUAUAUACUGGGGUUCGGGGAUCGAAUUGGCGCGCAUACAUGUGAUAUGCGAAUGUGAUCCAUGGCCGAUUCCAUUUGUAAUUUGUUGUACCGUGGCAUAUGCAUCAGCUUAUCUACUUGAUUGAUUCA